UUGGCCAUAAUAACAGUCAGUCGUACAUCAAUUAUCAUAACCACACAUCGAUCAGUUUCCAUAAGCUGCAUUGCACCUCAUAUAUAAAUAUUUACAUUAGAUCGAUAUCCAGGCAUGGCUCAUCAGUACGGCGACCAAUACGGCAGGCAGACGCAGAGGCACGUUGACGAGUACGGCAACCCCAUCCCACAACCAGGUGCUGCUCAGUUCGAAGGACAUACCGCCGGAACACACGGCGGCGCCGACCAGUUUGCUGGUGUUGGUCAGCACCCCACCGCCGGAGGACCAUAUGGAACUCACGCCGGAGGGAUUGCACCGGGAACCACAGACACCGGCGUAGCUACCGGCGGAGGAGGCGGUCUCCAUCGGCGAUCUGGCAGCUCCAGCAGCUCGUCGUCGGAGGAUGACGGGCAAGGUGGUCGGAGGAAGAAGGGAAUGAAGGAGAAGAUAAAGGAGAAGCUAGGAGGAGGGGGGCAGAGCGGGCAGCCUCAGGGGCAGACUCACAUGACCACAGGUACUACCGGUGCUGGUAGGGUAGGGACCGAGUAUGGUGCACCUGCUACUGCUGGCCAUGAGAAGAAAGGUAUGAUGGAGAAGAUCAAGGAAAAGCUACCGGGAGGAGGCCACAACAAUUAAUUAAUUAAUUAAUUAUAUAUCGUCAUUCGCAAUAUAUAUAUAUAUAUAUCUAUAUGCACCUCUUAUAGCUAGUUUGUAAUAAGCCAGCCAGCUAGUCAUGUGACACAUAGCUAGCUAGCUUUGUUCUGGAUUGGCACUGUCCCGUUUGUGUUGUUUAGCAGUAUGCAUGUCUAUAUAUAUUUACUUGUUCCUAAUUAUGCAGAGAUUGGGUUUACUAUUACUAUUAAUAUAAUGGUUUGUGUACUGUGUA